CGGAAUGGGCUGGCCGCUGCCUGGCUGGCUGCCUGCCUGGGGCGCGCUCGCCCUCCCGGCCGGGGCGGGGCGGCAGGCAGGCAGGCAGCGUUACAAGAAGAAGCCGACUUCCAGGAACCUGGAGGCGGGGCCGCUGCGCGCGGCGAUAAAAGCCUCCAGCGGGGGCUCUGGCAGCUCCGCAAGUAGAACAAGCCCAGCGCGCAAAAAAGGCAAAGGGACUUUUCGUGCGCUUCGCCUGCCCCGAGAGCCGAGCGCUGCCCGCAGCCUCGGCCGCCCCCCGCGCGUCGUGGUGGUGCUCAGCAGGUUAGCUUCGAAGCCGCUGCGCUCGGCAGCGGCCCCGGUCGCUCGGAAAGCUGGCUCCCUGCGCCAUGGUCACCCACAGCAAGUUCCCCAGCGCCGGGAUGAGCCACCCGCUGGACACCAGCCUACGCCUCAAGACUUUCAGCUCCAAGAGCGAGUACCAGCUGGUGGUGAACGCCGUGCGCAAGCUGCAAGAGAGCGGCUUCUACUGGAGCACGGUGACCGGCGGCCAAGCCAACCUGCUGUUGAGCUCCGAGCCCACCGGCACCUUCCUCAUCCGGGACAGCUCCGACCAGCGCCACUUCUUCACCCUGAGCGUCAAGACCGAGUCUGGAACCAAGAACCUGCGGAUCCAGUGCGAAGGAGGGAAGUUCUCCCUCCAGAGCGAUCCCCACAGCAGCCAGCCAGUGCCUCGCUUUGACUGUGUCCUCAAACUGGUCCAUCACUACAUGCCCCUCCCUGAGCAACAGCCUGGCGAGGCGUCACACCCCAAACGUGCCUACUACAUCUACUCGGGUGGAGAGAAGAUCCCACUGGUGCUGAACCGCCCGCUCUCCUCCAACGUAUCCACCCUGCAGCAUUUGUGCCGCAAGACCGUCAAUGGGCACUUGAACUCCUACGAGAAGAUGACCCAGCUCCCAGGUCCCAUCAAAGAAUUCCUGGACCAGUACGAUGCGCCCUUCUAAGUGGUUUCCCGAAGGAGCCGCACAUGAUGCAAGCACAAGAAAACAAAUUAAAAAGCAGGACAGGUUGAACAAGGAAGUUACAGGGCAAAAUGGAGCUGCCUCCUCGUUUGUGGAAUAAGACAGGGGAGGGGGUCUGGCCAGUGAGCCUCUGCCCAGCACAGAGACUGUCUUGUUAGUACUGGAGGAGUUGCCAAGGGGUGCUUUCUGGGAGAGAUGGAUGCUACUGGACUAUGAAAUACAGGCUGCUGCUCCUCCAUACAAUCGCCCUUGCCUGCUGCAGCCCACAAGACUUUGGUCCAUUUAAGACUUAUGCUGGGUAUGAGAGAAUGGUUUGCAACCUCCCUAACCAAUGGACAGUUUACAAAGAGCUUCUUUUUUUUUUGCUCUGCACUGGCACUGCUACCGUCACCUCUUCUAACCUCUGACCAAAACCAUUCUGUAGACCAUGGAAUAAAUGCACUGGAAUCCACCUAGUGCCUGAAGACUGAUUUUCCUCAGUUUUAAGGGGAAAUCUUUAUUUUUUUUUGUUAAAGAAAAUACUUUACCUCUCUCAUCCUCCAUGAGGGGCAGAAUCUUUUUUUCAACUCAAGCCUGUUCCUCAAAGGAUGCUGCCAUGCAUUCAUUCAAGGGACUAAGCUGUAGAAUCCACAUCCUGCUCUUAUCCCUUGGACUUACUGCACAUCACAUGGGGAGAAUGCUAUUCACUCUUUGGGCCAUUAUGUAAGCAAAGGAGGACAUACUUCUGAGAAGUUGCAUCACUGCUUUGGGAACAUCAAAAUGGUUGAGAAAUGAUCUAGCCAUUUUCCCCCAUGGGGUGUUCUACUUCAGCUUCUGUACCUGGACUGAUAAUCUCUUGCCUUCAUUCUUGGGUCUCCAGUUCCUUGAAGAGUGGUCUCCCAUCUACAGCAAGGAUUGUGGAUUUGUUUUGGCCCUUAAUCGCACUGAAUAACUGAAACAUACAGGAAUGUAGCAACAACAGAGUUACCUGGAACUCUUGUAUAAGUUUGUUUCUUUUUUUAAAAAAAACUGUAACCAAAAUUUUGUGUGUUCAUUUAAAAAAAAUUUCCACAUCAGGGUUUUAGAAGGGCAGAUGAGGUUUUGUUUUUACAGAAAAGAAAUGUUUACAGACCUGCCUAAAAUCAUUCUGUCUUUUAUAAAGAUUCCACCCUUCAGCCUUGCGGGCUGCUAGACAUGCUUGAAGACUCAACCAAAAAUCAAAUGCGGAAGAAAACUUUGCACAUCUAUUUAUAUUUAUAUUCAAGGGAUUUUGAAAUAAAACAUGCAUUUAAUUUAUAAUAAAGGGCACUAUUUUUUAAGUGA